UCGUGGCAAUCGACGAAAACCGCGCGAAUUGAGCUGCUGGCUGCUGUGUGCGUGUGUUGUUGGCGACGUCCUGCUCGUUUCCUACGUCGUAGAAUGGAACGACAAAGGAAGUUAGCUGCACUGAAGCUGCUGCUCAUUCUAAAGAGAAGGCGGGCUUUCUCGAGAAAGUACUGGGUGCGGCCGACAUGGACAAAGCGAUCGGACGAGAGCGAGUUUUUCACGGCGAUGAAACUCAUGAAGAACGGCGAUGAAUCGCUUUUCUACAUGUUCUACAGAAUGUCACCGGAGACUUUCGACAUGCUGCACAGCUUGGUGCGGGAGGAUCUUACGAAGGAGCAAUGCCCCUCGAGGGCGCCCAUUUCUUCUGGAGAGCGCCUCGCGCUGACGUUGCGGUUUCUGUCAUCUGGUAUGCUGGUGAGGGACGCAGCCAUGGCAUUCCGUGUGGGUAUCGAGACGGCACGAAAUGUGAUCCGUGAAACCUGCAGUGUGCUGUGGAAGGUUUUGGUCCCUCUAUACAUGAAGACACCAACAGAAGAAGAGUGGCGAGAAAUCGCCACUGGGUUUUCAAACCGUUGGCAGUUCCCGAAUUGCCUUGGAGCAGUCGACGGCAAGCAUGUGCAGCUGAAAUGUCCACGUAAUGCUGGAAGUAUGUACUUCAAUUACAAGGGAACCCAUUCCAUUGUAUUGAUGGCUGUGGUUGACAGCCAGUACCUUUUCCGGCUAGUUGAUGUGGGUGCACCUGGGAGGUUCAGUGAUGGGGGAAUUUUCAAAGAUUCCCUUAUCGGCAAGCGAAUGCAUGAGGGCAAGCUUAAUCUACCACGAGCAGCCACGCUCCCAAGGUCGGAAAGAGUUUGUCCUCAUGUGUUUGUUGGCGAUGAGGCCUUCCAGCUGCGCCCAGAUUUCAUGAGGCCACUGCCAGGGAGCCGGACUGCACCUGAGGAGGUGAUCUUCAACUACCGCCUCAGUCGUGCAAGACGCUGCGUGGAAAAUGCCUUCGGCAUUCUUGUAUCUCGCUGGCGGAUAUACGAGAGGCAGAUCAACUUGGAGCCCAAAAAUGCAGACAUCAUUGUGAAGGCGACAUGCGUGCUGCACAACUUCCUUUCCUCAAAUGCUGCAUCUACGUACUGUCCUCCUGGCUACGCGGAUUUCCAAGACAUGUUUGGAACUGUGAGCAGUGGCACCUGGAGACAAGGACCAGAAAGCACUGCAGUGUUCGGUUUGGAGAAGUCAAAGGCCCAUAACUGUACUAGAGUGGCCAAUGCGGUGCGACAGGAGUUCCUGAAGUACUUCAAUGAUGAAGGCCAAGUGCCUUGGCAAUGGAAGCUGCCAGGAGUCGCCGCGCAACGUGAUGAUGCAAACAAACAAGCAACGAGUGGCUAA